GCGUGCCGGCAUCCUACUGUUUACUUUGACCCUCUUUGCGACCGGACCCGUAGAAGGCAUUCUCCAAGUGAUCUAGAGUCAUCAUACGAGGUCCUUGCACCAUGUGGUCGAAUAAACUACGAUCGGCACUUCCUUAUCUUGGCAGUGGGGCUCUGGCCUCCGCUACGCUGUACUUUGUAUACAAUCGGGUGAGCCGAGCUUCUGUUGCCUAUGCAAGUGGUGUACCUGUGAAGCCCUUCAAAGACACCCAUGUAGUGAUUGUGGGUGGUGGCUAUGGAGGCAUCAACCUGGCGACCAAACUUAAGAAUGAUUGUCAGCUGACGCUGAUUGAUGCAAGGGACUCAUUUCACCAUAACAUGGGAGCACAGAGGUCCUCAGUCGAGAGAGGGUAUGUCGAGAAAUGUCUUAUUCCAUAUGGACCUACAUUUGGAGACAAGUUUAAGCAAGGAAAAGUAGUUGAUAUUGAUGUAAAAGGGAAGACAGUGAAGCUAGCGAAUGGUGAGAGUGUCAAUUAUGAUGAGCUUGUUAUUGCCACUGGUACGACAGGACCUUUCCCAUCCAAGUUGCCUGUGGAGAUUGACAGUAAAACAGCCAAAGAUCAGUACAAUCGCAUGGUUGAUCUGGUAGAGAAAGCACAGACUGUUGUGGUUAUCGGUGGUGGUGCAGUAGGUGUUGAGAUUGCUGGUGAUAUCAAGGAGGAUUACAAGGACAAGACCGUCACUCUAAUCCAUCCUCGUGAGAUUUUGGUAAACGAUACUGUUAGUGAGUCCUUCCAAACAACCGUCAAGAACAGACUCAAGUACCUUGGGGUUGAAACAGUUCUUGGUGAACGUGUGUCUAACAUGGACGAAAUCCGCCAGAAGGGCUUCACCGAUGUUACGGUUGUCACAGACAAGGGAAAUAGACUCAAGGCUGACCUUGCGUUGGAAUGCACUGGCCUGCGCGUUAAUAACGGCGCAUACAAGAACGGUUUAGGCGACAAGAUGGAUGAGCGUGGUCGCCUUAAGGUAGAUGAAUUUCUUCAGGUGGAAGGUACCCCGGAUGUGUACGCGAUCGGUGAUUGUAACAAUACACCGGAAGUCAAGCUGGGUAUGCUUGCGAACUUCCAUGCGGCGCAUGUGGGAGAUAAUUUGAAGAAGAAGCACGAGGGGCAGGCCCUCAAACCCUACAAGAUCAACAACUCCGGUUUUUUCAUUUUGAGCUGUGGGAGAUCAGGUGGUGCGGCGCAAGUGUUCGGUGGAUGGGUGUUUGGUGACUGGUUGGCCAGAAAAAUGAAGGGAGAAAACGUCUUCACUCCGACCCAGUGGAAGACCAUGGGCCAGGAAAUGCCCAAGUAAUUUCUCUUUUUUCUUCGCACACUCUUCGAUUUCUAUUUCUAACUUGCAGGCAAUGGUCGAGUAGUAUGGGUAUUGAGGGUCUUGUUACUCGCUGAAAUUCCCCUACCACGGCAUCACAAGCUCAUGAUUUGUAUACUUGUAAAGAAUGUAUGAGGACUAGGCGUCAGUAGACCCUUUCAUGACAGAAAACAUUUCUACGAUUUCAAGGGACAAAAUCAAGAACAAGGUAAAUUCAAGUAAGACCUUUGCUUUUAUUGUUGCACAUAUUUGUAAAAAUAAGUUUACUGAUGUGAUCAAGGGUUUCUCGAGGAAACCGCAUGUAUCCUAUGCAAACGUACAAAUCCUGAGCUUGGGCUGCCUGUUCUAAGUUCCCGAGUUUCUUCUCAUGACGGUAUAAUGUUUUGAAAUAAUAAAUUCACUGAUUAUCUUUCUCACUAAUUAUUGUAUUAAUUUAUUUGAGGAUGUGAUUUUGGACGAAUUGUUAAUAAAAUAACUUGUGAUUG